AUCGAAACUCUUUUCUGCUUUCUCGAAUGGAGAAUCGGCUCUGCCCCUGACAUGGCGACCUGCUACUCCCAAAUUCUGCUAUGCAAUCUGUCCAUAUUCUGCUUUCUUAUUCCAGAAACAAAAGCACUAAAUUUCAACCUGACAAGCAUAGGCCCUCAAUGUCAAAACGUCAACAUAACAACAUUCUCAGAUGCCUAUAUCUCAUCCCAAGGCAUCCAAGUCACCUCCGACGAGCAGAACACCGAUUUGAAGCAAGUUACCGGUAAGGCCACUUACAUCAAACCCCUUCACCUUUGGGAUAAAUCCACUGGAAACUUGACAGAUUUCUAUACGCAUUUCACUUUCGUGGUUGACUCGGACAGGCUUCCUUCUUUCGCCGAUGGACUUGCCUUCUUUCUCGCUCCAGAUGGGUCGAAUUGCACGGCUGGUGGUGCGAUGGGCCUCCCAAUUGACCCAGUUACGAUAGAACACACUAGCCCCUUUGUUGCUGUGGAGUUUGAUUCGUACUUUGAUAGCGGUUGGGACCCGGUUGAUAUCACUCCUGUUACUCAUGUAGGCAUCAGUGUCAAUUCUCUUAAAUCAAAUGUUACUGCUGUUUGGUACUGUAAUAUAACUAAUGGGAUAGAGAACGAGGCUUGGAUUAGGUACGAUUCAAGUUCAUACAAUCUAAGCGUAGUUUUUACUGGUUCUACUAAUACUACAAGAGUGGAAGAUACUAUUCAUCUAAUUAUCGAUCUGAGAGAUUACUUACCUGAAUGGGUAACAUUUGGGUUCUCAGCUGCAACAGGGGCGCUGUUUGAGAAACAUAAUGUUAAAUCAUGGGAAUUCAGUUCGAGUUUGCAGGGUAAUGAAGCCAACAACAAUGUUAAACCUUCAACGAAACCGGGACCAACAAGACUCUCCCCUGGAAUGAAACCGGGACCAAAAAAACUCUCCCCUGGAGAUUUGGCGGGAUUGGUUGUUGGCUCUGGUGUUUUGGUAGGUGGGCUGGUUUUGGUUGGAUUUGGCUUGUGGAAGAGAAGUAGAGCACAACAAGAGAGUAAGUUUGAAUUUGAGAUGUCCAUGGAGAAGGAAUUCAACUCCGGUAUUGGGCCGAAGAAAUUUUCCUACAAUGAAUUAUCUCACGCGACAAAUUACUUUCUGGAGGAACAAAAGCUUGGAGAGGGAGGAUUUGGAGGAGUUUACAGAGGUUUUCUGAGGGAAUCUAACAGUAAUAUUGCAGUCAAGAGGAUAUCAAAGGGAUCAAAACAAGGGAAGAAGGAGUACACAUCAGAAGUGAACAUCAUCAGCCGUUUGAGGCACAGGAAUUUGGUUCAACUCAUCGGGUGGUGCCACGAAAAGAAAGAACUACUACUUGUUUAUGAGUUCAUGGAAAAUGGGAGCUUAGAUUCCCAUCUCUUCACAAGGAGAAGCUUGUUGGCAUGGCAAACAAGGUACAAAAUUGCUCAAGAUUUGGCCCUUGCGUUGCGCUAUCUACACGAAGAAUGGGAGCAAUGUGUCGUGCAUAGGGAUGUAAAAUCAAGCAAUGUGAUGUUGGACUCAAAUUUCAAUGCCAAAUUGGGAGAUUUUGGGUUUGCUAGGCUUGUUGAUCAUGAAAAAGAGUCACAAACAACGAUGACAGCAGGAACCAUGGGCUACGUCGCACCGGAAUGUGUCAUCACAGGUAAAGUUAACAAGGAAUCAGAUGUCUAUAGCUUUGGAGUCAUGGCAUUGGAAAUAGCAUGCGGAAGAAGAGCAAUUUGUGACGAGGAUGAAGAAGUCGAGACAGGGAGUUUGGUGGAGUGGGUUUGGGACCUCUACGGGAGGGAAAAGCUGCUUGAAGCUGCAGACUUAAAACUGGGUGAAAAUUUCAAUAAGCAUGAAAUGGAAAGAUUGAUGGUCCUUGGCCUCUGGUGUGCUCAUCCUGACAGCAAGCGCCGGCCUUCCAUAAGGGAAGCGAUUCAAGUUCUUAAUUUUGAGGCUCCAUCGCCUUGUCUUCCACCGGCGAUGCCCGUAGCAAUUUAUUUCACUCCGACUUUCAUGGCUGACUCUUCACCUUUUCCAUUAUCCAACGACGACUCACACUGUUUCCAGAGGCAGCCAGAUGCAAUCUUCAAGGUCUAGUUACAAUAAUGUGCAUGAUUCCUCCAAGAUUGUUACGACGUUCCCUCAUGAGUACAACUCCUCUUCCAUUCGUGAUUUUUUUUUCUUAUAGGAAGUGGAAAUAUUCUACUAUAUCCAACCUAGGUAGGACUUCUUUUACCACUUGGUUUGUAAAUCUCUUUAAACUAGGCCAAGGAAGUUUUGUGCCCUGCAUUAGCUCAAAAUCUGUAUCAAAAGCUAAUCACUUUAAAUUCACCUUA